UAGUUGUACAUUGCUUUCCUUACUUCCCACAAGUACCAAGAUCAUAAUGAUGGUCUUCUCUAGCUCAUCAAGUGGCAUUUGCUAAGCUCUUAAAUCUAUCAGAAUUAGAAUAUUGAAUAAUCUCAGUGCCUGGAUCUCAAUCUUGGAAAAUCUGGCCUGGAAAAUAAUUCUUGAAGAUAGACCAGAUCAUAUACUUAUCCACCUUGUUCAAUUUGGCACAUCCCUCGAGUAUCAUUGAAAAUGUUAUUUGUUGGUAUAUACAGAACAUCACCAGGAAAUAAAUUUUAUGUGAUAAUUUAUACUGAAACAUGUAAAGCAAUACCUACUUACAGAAGCAAUUUAUAUGAUACUGACUGAAGCUCUUUGAUGAUAUUGCUUCUAAGCUCUCAAAUUCACCAACCAGAAGAUUCAGGAUAAUAAAAAAAUCAAAACAUCUUGGCAGAAGUAACUUUGUACACCAAUGUUACCAUUCAGUGCUUCAAAUCCAAAAUUGUCAGAAAAAUUUUUAAAAAUGUUUUGACUGCUUUAAUGCAUGUAAAAAGCAUAAUUCUUAAUGAAAAUCUAAAAUAUUAGAGACAUUUGUUUUUCCAUCUACUUAAACCAUAUUUUGACCAAAUAAUAAGAGUAUCAAGGUUGGAAAUAUACAACUUCCUGUUCGAACAAGCUAGGAAGAAAGAGAGAGAGAAAAAUAAUGAAUAAUACUCCACCCUACCCGAUUCAAAACAUCAACGAGCCAAGGUAUUCAAGGCACCAAAACAAGUGGUCUCCUGAUUCUGUUCCUUGCCAGGUAAAUAUUUUUGAGGAAACUCGGAUUUCCCUCCAUGUAACUCAGUUCUCUCAUCUUUAAAGCCACUGAGUAAAAGCCAAGUGGUGACGUGGAGUGGAGAUAAGGCAGAAGUGGUGUUGAUUUGCUUAAUUGUUUUUGCGUAUUCAUACCACACACAUGACAUCAGUGAUAAGUGAACCAUCAGACUUAUAUACAAUACUUCAAACAGUGCAGACUACAUUUCAGGUCAGCUUUGACGGUAGACUGGACAACUGAGAGGGGACUGACUUAUUAAUUCAUUAAUCUAGGUAAACACUUCCUAUGGACGUGUUAUUUCUUAACAAUACAGUGGACUGAAAACUUUGGAUAUAUAAGUAUUCAGAUGGUAUAUUGCUUUCAGAUCUGAAUAUACUUUAAUCUUCACAACAGCAAUUGCCAAGAAUUGCAGCUGUAAAAUAUUUUACUACCUUUUACUGCUCUUUUAAAAUUUGAUAUACCCACUAGAAAGGUCAAACUGCACCAUAAAAGGACCUUAAAAAGCUAGAACUGUGGACGGAGGAACCACAAAAGCAGUUGAAAUCAAAGCAUAUAGACGUACAUGUAGGACUACAGCAAAAGGAAACUGGAUGCUACAUCAUACUUUUUUGUGGAAAAAAAAGGAACACAGUUAAUUAUUCUGUGUUGAUAACUUACAGCAAUAUAUCUACUAAAAUCUUCAGGGAACAGCUGUAUCCAACAAAACAUUAACAUUUCAUGAUAGAAAAUGGAAGACGUCUCAAAACGUGCUUGACACAUGAAGUAAGAAGAGGACCAUUCAGCUUGAAGGUUUUCUCAAACAUCAAAUUUUAUUUUUCAGUCACUCCAAAUCAUCAUUAGUCAUGUAUUUCUAUCAAUCUGGUAGGAUCAACUUUAUCAUGGACAGAACAAACUUUUCUGGCUUCUCAACUGGAGCAAUGAACAAAACGCCUAUUGACUACCCUGACUAUGAGAUAGACUAUGGACAAUUUUUUGAAGAUAUUGACCAAUUCUGGGCUCAACAAAGAGCUGCCAAUGAUCCAUCCCGGAUAGCCAUCACAGUAUUCCUGGUCAUAUUCUUCAUACUAGGAACUCUUAGCAACCCCCUGGCCGCAGUAGUUUUUCUGAAACGGAUGCCAGGGACCACAACCAACUAUUUUGUCUCAGCUCUGGCCAUCAUAGACUUCAUAGUAUGUCUGCUGGGGAUUCCAGGGGUACUGAUGAAUGAGAUCUGGUACUAUGGUCUCAAGCAGGACUUUCUCUGCAAGCUGUGGGAGCUGCUCAAGUCCUCAGUCAUUGUAACGUCAACCUUCAUCCUUGUGGCCAUUGCUUUUGACCGCUUCUUCCUGAUAUGCCUGGCACCUAAGAACAUCCUCUCUAAGCGUCUUGCUGUCAUCAUCAUUGUGGCCUCAGUGAUAGCAGGGCUGGGGACAGCAACUGUGCCUAUGCUUAGCACCACUGUGUACACUGAAGAUCGCCGUUACAACUGGGCAGUAUGUGUUAUCAGCUAUGCUACAGUCUCACAGGAGACAUUGCUUAGAUAUAGAGACACCUUAACACUGCUCUAUGCCUUGAUGAUAAUCCCUAUCAUCACACUGUAUGGGCUGAUCUUUGCCAAGGUCCACAAGCAGACACACAAGUGGUGGAAGAAGUACCAGUCUCCUGUAACCCCCAUGGACCCCAGGGGGAGAAGCCAAAAACGUGGGGGACUUCAGGAAAACAGACUUGAUACCAGCUCAGACUCUAGAACAGAGCAGGUGGCUGUAGACAUGGAGACUUCCACAGUACAAUAUAUUACAAAUCCUGUCAAUGUCCCCACUGCUUGCUCUAAGCCUCCAGUAACAUAUACAGAAUCAGACUCCGAGUGCUACAAAAUCAGUCCCCUUGAUGUGCCUUCACUAUCUGUAACUUCUGGAACAUCAGCUGCUUCAAGUUCAAGAGUAGAGCUGAGUGUGACUGGAACUAAUAACUCCACCCAUAGCCUCCAUAGUGGAGAGGCUUCCUCACCAAAUCUAACGCCACUUCAAACAGACAGUGCAGCCCUGUGUCCAGCCACUCCCAGCCCGCAGCUGUCCUCUAGAGGAUUGCAAAUCAACAGCACCUUCAAGAAAAUCAUGCAGAAGUCGCCAUUCCACAGACCUCUCAGCAGGAACUCUGAACAGAGGCGUAUGUUCAGUAAGCCAGAGGUGAGGACAGCCCAGAUCAUGGCCAUUGUGACUAUUGUCUACAUCGUCUCCUAUUUGCCUGUCUUCUUGUAUAGUUAUGGUGUGAUUUCACAGGAAAACGGGGUACAAAAGUUCUUCACUUAUAUGUAUUUUUUCAACAAUGUAGCAAACACUUUCAUUUAUGCUGGAUUGAACAAAAAGUUUCGAGCUGAACUGGUUAAGAUGCUAAAAUGCAGAUCUAAUCGAAAUCAAUGGUAGUUAGUGCUGAACUUUCAUAGAAAACAUGAAAAAGUACCGUUACAGAAUCAAAUGAAAUGUCUUAUUUAAAGAUGCUUAAAGGUGUCCAGUUCGAUCAUCUGUCAAAAAGUGAAAACUAUCUACUUAAUAUCCACUUUAACUAAAAUAAUUCAUUUUGCGUUUUUUUAUGGGCAUGCACAUUGACUAAGACGUUAAUUAAAUGUUUAUUUCUAUGUGUAAUGAUAUAAGGCUAAGGUAAGCAAGCUUUAUUUAUUUUAUUUUUUUGUAAAUGUUAACUUUUUACAUUUUAUAUUUCCAUUUUACCAAAAUUCUCUGAUAAGUGAGCAUAUUCGUUUUAACUUAAAUUGUCAUAGACAAACAAAACUGUACCUUUCUACUGCAGAUUCUACAUUACAAUGGACAUAAAAAGACUUGUCUGAAAAUUUAUGGAUGUGAUUCUUACAAUUAAAUAGCUUAUUGAACACUAAAAUGG